GCGGCGUCAUAUGACCGCGGCGCGGGGGCGAGCCGGGCCGAGAGGGAGCGCGCGGUGCCGAGAGCCGCCGGAGCCGUCCCGGUCCUCCCGCCAGUGCCCGGCCGUCGCUGCCGCCGCCCCGCCGCAGCCAUGUUGGCGUUGCUCUCCCGGCUGCUGGACUGGUUCCGCUCGCUAUUCUGGAAGGAGGAGAUGGAGCUCACCCUGGUGGGGCUGCAGUACUCCGGCAAGACCACCUUCGUCAACGUCAUCGCGUCAGGUCAAUUCAGUGAAGAUAUGAUUCCUACUGUGGGCUUCAACAUGAGGAAAGUGACAAAGGGUAAUGUAACAAUAAAGAUUUGGGAUAUAGGAGGGCAGCCCCGGUUCCGAAGCAUGUGGGAGCGAUACUGCAGGGGAGUUAAUGCUAUUGUCUAUAUGGUAGAUGCUGCAGAUCGUGAAAAAAUAGAAGCCUCUCGGAAUGAGCUGCACAAUCUUCUAGAUAAGCCACAGUUACAAGGAAUCCCUGUUCUAGUACUUGGAAACAAGAGAGACCUUCCUAAUGCUUUGGAUGAGAAACAGCUAAUCGAGAAGAUGAACCUUGCUGCUAUUCAGGACAGAGAAAUCUGCUGCUACUCAAUUUCUUGCAAAGAAAAAGAUAAUAUAGAUAUCACUCUUCAGUGGCUUAUUCAGCAUUCAAAGUCUAGAAGAAGCUGAAGUCUUCCUGGAAUCUCCAGUACCAGUUGGCCAUAAUCUCAAUUGUCCACUUCCCUCCAUAAUGAGAUAUAACCCGAAAAUCCUGUAACAAGAAUCUGCCUUUUCACAGUUCAUUUCUCAUGUGCACUGCUGAAGACUUGUAUUCCUAUUAUGUCACAAAACAACUAGAGUUGUCAUAAAGUCAGCACAAAUAUUUAUUUUACAACCAUCUACGGUGGGAGGGUCGUGGGGGGGCUUUUUAAGAAAAAAAUCUACCAUGUUAACUAUGAUGGUACACUCUGUUCUGGUUUUUCAGGGCCAGGUUUUUAUAUGAUUUUCAGCAAGUGUUUUAUUUCUAGUGUUUAGUGGCUUGAAGAUGCUGAUGCUUGACAGCAUUAAGAUUCUGUAAGAUGCCACAUACAGUAGUUAGAAAACAUUUAAACGUGAGUUGUGGGAUAGUUUAUCUCACAAAUGCAUGUGAUGUGUGUAUUUAGCAGAGAAAUGGAUACUGUUUGCAGAGGGGAGCACAAGACAUAGCUCAGCAUCACUGAUCUACAGCUGAGAUCUUAUCCUAUCACUUAAAAGAAAAAAACAUGAUGAAUUAGGAGAGUCAACUGCUUAAACUCAUUUUGUUGCUUCUGUUUAACAUUUGUCUGGGGAAUGGGAAUGGACUGUUCUGUCAAGCUUUCGAAAUCGGAGUAUUCCAGCAUGAGAACAAAUCGCUUGGUUCAAACACAUGUUUCUAUCUUUGGAUUCUAGUGAUCUCUAUCUGAAACCAGAAUACACAUUCUGAGCGGCUGCAUGACACUUAAAUUACUGAUGUUUUUGUAUAGAGUCGGUUGUUGACCUUUAGCACAAUAUCUAUGUAAUUGUCUAGUGUCUCUCCUGCUCAAUGAAUAGCUGGGCACGGUUUCACCUGGUGCUAUGAAACAUCUCAGCUAUUGUGACAACUCUAGAGCUGCCUGCUUUCUUGAUGUAACCAUGUGCAAAGUCUGUAAGUGGCAAGGUGAAAUGUUCAACUGUGUCAAAGCACAAGAGAGCCAACGAAUCGAUCCUAUUUCUUGACUAGCUUCUACAGUGUAGGGAAGUAUAUAUAAACUAAAGAUUGUAAUGUUUUUGUAGCUUUACUUUCUCAAUGACUUCAAUAUAUUUAAAGGGACAGACUUGUGAAGACUGGUUUGUUCAUACAGUAAUGUCAGUGUAGCUUGCUAGUGUAUACAAAUACAUGAUACACCUGCUUGCAUUGCCUCACACUGUGUGUGAUUCUUCCUUACCUAAAUGUGGAGUUUGCGUUACUUUGGUUGAAAACACUGCUUUGUCCGUAUCAGUAAUGACAAAUCAGUUUUAGUUUGGACUACCACGGCCUUACUGUUCGUACAGCUGUUGCACAGACACUACGUGCUGCCUGCAUUCGGUCUGAACUUGGUUUAACUUCUUGUCCCCUUUCAGUUCUCUGACGUGUGAUUUCGAUUAAUUCAUCAUCUGGUGCUGUAGAGGAGAGGGUCUAUUAACUUGCUACUGUAGUCCCUAGUUCACCGUGAACUGCUACAGUUACUCUUAUCUAUCAAACUUGCUUGUGCCUAAAAUAUGGGAACUAAACUAGAAUGUGUGAAUCUUUGUGGGGGACCAGGUCACUGUUUAGUUAACUGGCCUAUAGGUAAACUCGAUGUGUUUGGUGUUUAUCUACUUCACUGCUUUCAGUAUUUAUGGCAUCCAAACACUACCAACUGUUAACCUGUGCAUUACUCUCUGCAUGUGAACAACUUAUACAAUUACUGAACUUUGUAAAUACGUGGAUUUUUUUAUUUAGGUGGAUGCAUAUGUUGGUUUACUGCUCUUCAGCUUUAUUCAAUAAACUUCUGUUUUGAGGGUUGUAUUGACGCUUAACCGACUGACUGGAGUUGAUGUGCUUAACUCAUGGCAUUGCGGGCUGUUUCUGAUUAAAAUUAAAUGGGCAAAGAG